ACGGCCCCUGGUUCUCCUGGGAAGGACUCUUGCGCUGAAAAGAGCAGCCGUUCAAAACCCUCCCCAAAACCCUAGAACACCCCAAAGCGUUGCCACCUAGCCCGAGCCAGCUCUUCCGUGUAUCAUGAUGUGUUGAGGCAAGGAUCAGGGUUCUCCUUUACUCAAAUAGUCAUGGCGAGGCUCCUUCGGAGCUUUUGUUUGAAGAGAGGCGUCUUUAUUUCACAGGUUUAUAGGCAUGAAUCCUUGAUGCCUACUCAAAUUUGUUAUUUCUCCACAAAAGGGAAAAAAAGGUCUAAAUCAAAUUCAAGUGAUUCUGGUGAGGAGAAUCUAUCUAAAAAGGACUUGGCAUUACAGCAAGCCUUGGAUCAAAUUACAGCUUCAUUUGGAAAAGGUGCAAUUAUGUGGCUUGGUCGUUCUCAUUCUCCUAGAGAAGUUCCUGUUAUAUCUACUGGUUCUUUUUCAUUGGAUUUAGCUUUGGGGAUUGGCGGACUUCCAAAGGGCCGCGUUGUGGAAAUCUAUGGUCAAGAGGCUACUGGUAAAACAACUCUUGCUCUUCACGUAAUUGCUGAAGCCCAAAAAAUUGGAGGUUAUUGUGCUUUUGUGGAUGCUGAACAUGCACUGGAUCCAGCUCUAGCUGAGCUUAUUGGCGUAAAAACUGAGAACUUGCUUCUUUCUCAGCCUGAUUGUGGCGAGCAGGCUCUAAGCCUUGUGGAUACUCUCAUUCGCAGUGGUUCUAUUGAUGUGGUGGUUGUGGACAGUGUUGCAGCCCUGGUUCCUAAAAGUGAACUUGAUGGUGAGAUGGGAGAUGCACACAUGGCCCUUCAAGCAAGGCUGAUGAGCCAGGCUCUUCGCAAGUUGAGUCAUUCUCUUUCUCUCUCUCAGACCAUAUUGAUAUUUAUCAAUCAGGUGAGGUGUAAACUCAGCACAUUUGGAGGAUUUGGCGGACCUACUGAAGUUACAUCCGGGGGCAAUGCCUUGAAAUUCUAUGCAUCUGUUCGCUUGAAUAUCAAACGAAUAGGUUUUGUUAAGAAGGGUGAGGAGAUUGUAGGAAGCCAAAUUUUGGUGAAAAUUGUGAAGAACAAGCAUGCACCACCAUUCAGAACUGCUCAGUUUGAGUUGGAGUUUGGAAAGGGUAUCUGUCUUGCUUCAGAACUGAUAGAGCUGGGGCUGAAGCAUAAGUUCAUUACAAAAACCGGGGGUGCUUUCUACAAGCUGAAUGGGCAGAGCUUCCAUGGCAAAGAUGCAAUCAAGCUCUACUUGUCUGGAAAUGAAGAAGCACGGCAGGAGUUAAUGGUGAAUCUGAGAGAGGUUUUGACUCAGACUGAUGCGGGGAGAAGGCAUGAAACAGGAGGAGGAACUCCAUCUGUAGAUGGAGAUGAACAGGAAGAAAUUGUGGUUUUUGAUGCUUCUGAUACAACUGAGGAGGAAGUAGUGACUGCCAUUGAGGUAUGAAACAUCAUUAUUUAGGAUUUAGUGUUUGGUCAAAUGAGAAAUUGAUCCUAAUUGUGGCAGAGCAGAAUGAACCUUUGAUUGAUUAAUUGGGAAUUUUCUGGCUGGGUGUUAAAUAGCCAUUUGGGGUUCAUUCAGUAGCUAUGUAGUUUUGAAAAUUGGCAUUGGUGCCGCCAUAUAUUUGUAUAUUUCAGGAAUUCUAGCUUUGGAAGAUGGGGAUUCCUUGAGAUGGAGUUUUGUAAAAUGAUAUAGAUAGAGCAUUGCUUUGGUUCACAUUUUGU